AUGGAUGUUCUUAUGGAAUUAUUUAAAUAUUUUUAUGUUGAUGAAUUAUUUUAUUUAUUUAAUGAUAUAAUUCAUCAAUUUCCAUUAUUACUUAAGAAAGAAAAUGUGCAAUUGCAUGUACAUCAUAUAGAUGCAUAUUUUCGUAAACAUAUCUUGCCAAAUAUUGAAAUAAACAAUGUUAUAUCAAUACGUAUUAAAAAUAUGUAUCAUAUGGCUCCAGUUAAUCUAGGGCAAUUUAAUCAAGUUCGUUUACUGAUAUUACACAAUGUAACUGGGCUUAAUUGGCCGUCUCAUUUCCCCAAUAAUUUAAAACAUUUAAUAAUUUAUGCUCGAAGUAAAGAUCGUGAGGAAGUAUUUACGAAAGCGUUAUGUUUGGAUAAUAUCGAAAAAUUGGAAUUUAAUUCAACAUUUUUACAUUUUCAUGAUUGUCAUGAUAUAUUAGUCAAACCAUCGACAAUUAAACAUUUAGUAUUUAAUAGUCAACGUUGUUUCAUUGAUUAUCAAUUUUUAUUAAAUAAUAUGCCUUAUUUACAAUCAUUACGAUCAACAAAUACAUAUUAUCCACAUAGAUUUAAUACAAAUUUAGGAAUAUUUAAUUAUCUACAUACUAUUGAUUUAAUUUGUACACAUAUAGAUAUUGAUACAAUGAUUUUUUUUCUAACAAAUAUCGUUUCAAAUUCAUUACGUCGGUGUCGUUUGAUAAAUAUUAAUAGUAGUUUAUCAACAAACAUCGCAUAUGUCCUGAUUUCCUGA